AUGACUGAUAAAAUGAAUUUGUAUUUUGAAAAGAGAUUGUGGUAUGAAUUGGGAAAUGAGAUUAUAGAGAAUAUAAACAAGGAUUAUAGGAUAUCUUAUGACUAUCUUAUGAAAUCACACAAGUUUAUCCAUCCAAUUACAUUAACUAAAAUCCUCUGUGAAAUGAUUAAAAUAUCACAAGGAGAUCCAAAAGAAAUCUAUGAAAUUAUCAAUAGCAUUGAAGAUCACCCACAACUGGUUCUUUCAGUCAAAAUUCACUAUUUACUUGUCUUAAUUAGAAAUGAUUUAGUUAAUUUUAAUGAAUCAGAUGUCUAUUUAAUACUUAAUGAAAAUCUUAAUAGUGAGAAUAACAAACUUGCUAAGGCUUUAGCAUUUAAUUAUUAUGUUAGUAUAGAAAACUACGAUGAGGCGCUUAAAUAUGUAUGUGAUUCAGAACACAUUGAUCCUUACAACUUAUGUUUCUCUUGUUUAAGUUCGUUAAGUUAUUUUAAUUUCUUAGAAAUAAUUGAUUUGAAUAUUUUUAAUUCAAUGAGAGAUUGUGAAAUUAAAAGUUUAAUUCAGAGACUGGCUGAUAAUGAUUUUAGAAUACCAGAUUUAUCAAUUCAUAAUCUCAAUUCUGAUACAAUUAAUAGAAAGUUUAAAAUACUACAAAUUACCAGUCUUAUUAGGGCUUAUUCAUCAAACAUAAUUUCAUUUGAUUAUUUAACUGAUAAUAUCCAGGUUUCUGAAAAUGAUUUAAUUAAACUUCUUAUGAUUGCUAUUGGCGCUAAAGUAAUUAACGGUUGGAUUGAUCAUGAAAGUAAAACAUUUAAUUGUAUUUCACUAUCUCCCAUCAAAUUAAAAGCUGAAGAUGUUGUGAGAAUUAAAGAUAGAUUUAUAGAACUUAGAGAUAAAGUUAAUCAUGUAAUUAACUUACUCUAA